AAGAAACAGUCACUGGAGCUGAAGACUGAAGGCCAGUGAGACUGACCGUUGAGUCAGAUAGUGAAAGUUACUGUUAGUUAGAGUUAGUGUUGGACUCAUGGAGGCCGUGUCUCUCUGCAGUAGAAAAAGGUCCAGUGGUGGAUUUCCCAUUCAGCUGCACCAGGAGGCCCAGUUUCAGCCUGCAGCCUGUAAGAGGAGGUGCACGGAAGAGCAAGAGAUGAAGAGGAGGAGACCAGGAGAAGACUGGAAGGAGAACAGGGAUUUAGAAGAUAUGCAGAGGAACUGGAGGAGAGAAAAUAGGCGGUUUUCACAGACUGGACCCAUACACGGUAAAAAUGUAAGGACUGGAUUAUCUGAGAAUCAAGAUAGAUCUGGAUUUAGGUCUGGAAGUGAGAUCUUGUCCAACAGACCUGAGGUGCGAGAGGCCCUCAUUAGGAAAGCAAGAAUCAAGACCUCAGUCCAGACUGUGGUUUUCAGAAGCUCUGAACUGGUCCAGGGUUUAAUCAUAACAGAUCAGAUGGAAUCAGGAUUCACUGAGACUUGGCAGGACCAAAAGAGACCAACCCAGUUGCAGCAGACCAGGACAACUGUGUCCAGAGCUGAGGUCAGGUCCAGGUCUUCAGCAGGCACUCAGAAGACUGCAGGCCUUGCCAUAGAUCGGUCGUCAGAGAACAGGACCAGCAGAAGGAUCAUCAAUCCAGAGCCCAUGACAGGAAAGGGUGGUGGAGCCAGAACCAUGUCCAGCUUUGAGGGGAGGAGACCAGAGCCCGGGACCAGGAGAAGAAGGAAGAUCCACCCGUCUGUGUUUAGAGGGAGAGGUCGGUUACGACUGUCAAUCACUCCAGAGGUGGGACAGCUCUUCAUUCACAUCCACGAGGCCCGAGGACUGAUGGGAAAAUGCCAGAAGCCAUGUGACUCAUAUGUGAAGGUUACAGUGACCUCUGACCUCGACCAUAACAUCAGGAUGAAGACUCAAACUGUUCUGGACAAUAGGAACCCACAAUAUGACCAGAACUUCACACUGUGUGUUGGUGAUGACGUCUACCGUGGCAGGUUGUUAGUGUCUGUGUUCAGAAAACGGAGCGACAGCAGGUGCAGGCAGCUGAUUGGCUGUAUGAGUUUUGGGAUUAGUUCUCUAAUCUUGUCCUCUGAGCCUGUCACUGGUUGGUUCUAUCUGCUGGGGGAGGAGUUUGGACUAAGCAAACACCUGAGAGUGACAUCACAGCGUAGCAGACCAAUGAGAAAGCCAGGGGAGGACGUGGAGAAGGUACCAACCCUCUGUGCGGACCUCAGGAGGACUCCAGAUUCCCCUCCCGAUAGUGACCUGAACCGCGUCACCACUACUGCCACUGUUGCUGCAACCGGUCUUUCGAACUGCACAGCCUCCACCACUGGACUCAAGAAUCUGACCAACCGCAGUGGAACCUACAGUUUGGACCCUUCAAACUCCAUCUACAGCUCUGCUCCGACCAAAACUGACAACAGCAGCUAUGUCUCCGUGCGGUACAACAAUGCCAACCAGCACCUUGCAAACCAAGACAACAGCAGCCAUCAGCUCAUGGUGAACAUUAUUCGAGGAACCGACGGGUUUGGAUUUACAAUCUGCUCGGACUGUCCUGUCAAAGUCCAAGCUGUCGACCCCGGAGGUCCCGCUUAUCAGUCUGGACUCCGUCAGGGAGACUCUGUCUUGCAGCUGAACGGACUUCCUGUAGAAACUUGGAAGUGUGUCGAACUCGCCCAUGCCAUUAGGAGUUGUCCGUCUCAGAUCGUGUUGGUCGUGUGGAGAGGUUUACCUGACCUGAGGUCAGGAUGUGAAGCUUUGCUCCACCCAACAACAAACAACACCAUCACAGGCAGGAAGCUGUUGCCUCACCCCACCCUCAGUAAACAUGGGCGCAGACGGGGUCAGGGGUCCGUGGUUCGAUCCAGUUUGGCUGCUCUAGGUUCUCUGUGGAGGGACAGAAAGGAGGAGCAGGAUGAGCAGGAGGAGGGGGAGGAGGAAGACGAGGACGAAGCAAGGGAAAUAGCUGAAUACUCCCGCCGCACCACCACACUAAAAGGAACUCGAGUGACAUCAUCAAAUGGAGACAAUUACAUCAUCCUGUCACCUGUUUCUUCAGGAGGACAGCAACUCCAUCCAAUUUAUCAAGACAGGAAUGGAACGAUUGGUCGUCUGUACCAGACUCACCCCAGCAGAGGUCAGAAUCUUCUCCGUGACCCUCGACCUGGGUCAUCACGACAAUCGUUCACCAGCCACACCUCCACCCUGCCCCCACCUCUAUCCUCCUCCUCAUCUGCAUCCAUGCCCAGUAACUAUGGCAACUACCAGAACUGUACCAUCGUCCAGUCACAUUUGCCCUGCUCUGCUUAUGAAAGUCUCAGUAUCUCAGUGGCACCUAAAACCGUCAUCUUCCCCAUCUUUGUUCAGCCUCUGGAUCUGUGCAGCCCUGAGAGAACCUUGCUAAUGUCAGAGGAAAUGAUUCUACACCAGGCCGACCUUCUGCCUGCAAAGGUGACAGUGUUGAUCUACAAUGACGUGCUGCUGUUGACCAGAGAGGAUGAGGCUGGACGCUGCAACGUCCUACAGAGCCCACUGUUUCUGAACACUCUGCACCUCAGAGAGGUGUCAUCGCAGUCGCUCCACAUCUACAUUGUGCAGACCUCCCAGACGUGUUGCCGUUGCAUCUUCAGUCUGGAGUCUUUCAGCAUCGAGCAGAAAAUCAGAGUCCGUCUCUGUCUCCACGACAACAUCCAUCACCAGCUGAUUUCCACAGAGAGUGCACACAGCCAUCAGCACUCAGACCUCCCCUCAGACUUUGGCCUUCUCUCUCUUGGGCAGUCUGACCUCCUGUAUCGUCCCUCCUCUCCUGAUCCUCCCCUGCUUCACCCAUACUCCUGCUACUCCUCCCCUCGAAAUGAUCUCAGACCUCCAUCGCCCUCUCCUUACGCCCCAAACUCCCCUUGCUCCUCCUCCACUCCUCCCCCUCCUCCCCCCUUCUCCUCUCUUUCCCCAUACACCACCUCGUCUUCCUCACUUCACCCCAGGAACAUUACUGCAUUAUCUCAUCUCCCUCCUCCACCAUCUUCAUCAUCCUCUUUCCCUCUGAGGAGUCCAGUCUGGAAGGAGAAGGGGAGAGCAGAUGAAGAGGAGAGGAGGAAGAGGAGGAAGCAAGAGGAGGAGGACGAGGUGGAGGAGCGGCAGCAGGGUGAGGGGGAAAGUGCCUCAGAAACAUCAGAGAAUGUGGGAGUUGUGUGGGGACGGCGUCACCAGUUUAGCCCCCAACACUUCAACAUGAAGGAAGAGGAAGAGAGUGAUGAAUAUGAGGAGGAAGAGGGAGGAAGUGCUAAGGAAUUUCCCACCUCCUACAGACCAGUUCUGCAGCGCUCGCUCUCUGAGGGUUCUUUGCUGCAGGAGCCCCGAUCGCCCCGCUUCCUCUCUGACAGCACCAUCCACCGACUCACCCGCACUAUGACCUUUGAUGCUGACCUUCGUCCAUGCCCCAAACCAUUACCACCCUCCCCACACACUCUGAGGAAACAGCUGACCAAGGAGGGGGGUUCUCUGCAUCACAUGCUGCUGCUGCUAAAUGGCACCAAGGACUUAGAGUUCAGAAACCGUCACCUGAGGAAGAAGACCAAGAGUCUAGCUGAUGAUGUUCGGAGUCGCCUGUCGUUUCUACGCCGACGAAAAAACUGUACCCGUUUCCACGGUAACAGUUUGGAGAAAGCUCUGAAAAACAACCGACCGUCCCCUGUGGAAGUGCUGAGGUGGGCGGAGAGUCUCGAGGCUCUAUUGUCCAAUCAGUAUGGUCUCGCAGUGUUUCGUCACUUUCUGAGGUCAGAGUUCAGUGAUGAGAACUUGGAUUUCUGGUUGGCUGUGGAGACAUUCAAAAGAAUACGCCCCCUCAGCAAGAUGGCUGCCAGAGCUGAGAAAAUCUUUGACGAGUUCAUUUCUACCAGCGCAGCAAGACAGGUCAAUGUGGACUCAUCUGUCAGAGAACUGACCAAUCAAAGCCUGCAUCUUGGUGUUAACCCCACUUCCUUCCAGCUGGCCCAGGAUCAGAUUUUCAGCCUAAUGGAGACUGACAGCUACCCAAGAUUCCUCCGGUCCCAACUCUAUGCCCGGUUGGCCAAUCAGACCUCACGUACAGCCACAGUAUUAGCCAAUCAGAGCUGAGCUGGGCUUUUGCCUAACAGUCAAUCAUGACUAUAAAAGAGCAGGCAGAGGCGGGACAAAGACGAGUAAUUGAUGAUCAUCCAAUCAGAAGCUCUGGUCUGGUCAGAGGCCGUUUGGCUGGAUGUGCGCUUCUCUUUUCUACCCUUAGGCAAAAAGAAAGAAACAAUCUCUAUCCAGGUGCAUUAUGGUAAAUGUAUGAUGCACUGUUUGUGGUGUAAAUGUCAAGAAAUCUCCACCUCUGCUGCUCAAAUUAUUUUUUUUAUUACUUAUUUUACUUGUUUGUCUUUGUUUCAGAUUGAAAUAUAAUGUAAAACAUUUACAUUCCCAGCUGAUGAAUAAUUGCUGUAGGGCCAUCACAGAACUAAUGACAGGCCAUCAGCCUUUGCUGUGUGGUGUUAACUGUUGUGGGCUAACGUUAGCAUGCGUUAGCCUGCUUAAUUUUAGCAUGCUAGUGAAUGUGCUAAACUGAAUAACUUCUGCUAAACGAAACAUUAACAUGCUAACCCUUAGCAUUUAGCUGAAGAACAACCUCGCAGAGCUGCCCGUGUGUCUGUUUACACACAACAUCCGCAUUCUUUCAUGCUCAAAUGAAUGUGGUGAUGACACUUUGUUCACUAUACUACAGGCAAACACUGGGUGCACAUAUAUUGAAAGACGUUUCAAUGUCAUAUGAUGCACAUAAGAAGUUGAAGAUUUUCCUUUUGGCGGGUGACUGUUGUGGUCACAUGUUGUGACUGUCCACAAAGACCCUGUUUGAUUUAAGACAACGACUUGUAGGCCUACUGUAUGUGUUUAUUGACCCUUUAUUUCCUGUAAUAAAAUGCAGUAGAAGCA